GUGGGGUGACUGGAGUAUAAAGGCAAGGCAAUUAGUCUUCUCCAGGGCAGUUCUGUGAGCCCAGUACACUAGGACACAAGGAUGAGGUUCCGGAGGAUCUCUCUACUUGUGUUACAUAGUAUCAGCCUAGCAGUCACUUCGCUAGGAUAUUCUCAAGAUUCGUUUCCUCAUCUAAACUCAGUAAAACGCCUCUGUAAUGCCAUCUCUCUUGGAGGCGUUCUUCAGCUACUACCGGCAGCUUGCGUCAGCCAUCUUGUGCGAACACCAAAGUUAUCCACCGGAGUCUCUUGUUCACUCGACAAGUCCAUCAUGCACCCAGAGUACGCCUUCCUCAGCAAUAAUAUCGCCGUGGUACGUCUACAUUGUCCCGGGAUUUCCCUUAUUCCCUCGAUACGAAUUCGCAACGUCACCGAAGGGAACUUGCUGACACUGAUGGGGAUAGAUGCGCACCAGAAUCCCGUUGUAACACCCGUACAAGUGGCUUCUUGCAGCGUUUGUCAGGACGAGUACGAAGUGUUUGAUUGUGAUCGUCAGCUCUGUGUACGGUUUGUCGGGAUGUAUCGUUCUCAGUUGCGGACACUUGAUGGCCUUUCCGGAGCCGCACUGUACACCAACGAUGGCCAGCUAGCAGGAAUGCUCUCGUACGGGUUCGUAGGAGCGCAUCUGGUCGCCGAGCGUCUAGCGUACCAUGAGCCUUUCAUACGACAUUCCAUUGAGGCUUUCAGUCUCGGCAGAGAGGAUUUUGCAAUAAAAAGGCUCUGAUCUGGGUGCA